UGUUGCUUCACAGUAGCCUGUACUUUCCCUUUAUACACCAACCACUAUUCAUACUCUCCAUUUGACCUAAAAAUCCGCUCAAGGUAUUCUCCCCUCCGUGACAUGUUCAGGUCUUUGACGCAGCCACUAACAAAAUGACUUUGGACAUAUUUAAAUCAUGGAUUACUGGGAUUUUUAAAUACUCCACCAUGCUAAGCAAGGUCUGGCUAUUGGUAUAUGUGUAUCGGGUCCUCGUCUACUUUGUAGUUGCCCAGUAUGUGUGGAUUGAUAAGACCAGGAACUUUGAGUGUGUCAGCACAAUACAGGGUUGCACCAGCGUCUGCUAUGACCACUACUUCUCCAUCUCUCCCAGCCUCUUGUGGGCCCUGCAGCUCAUCUUCAUCAUCUGCCCGUCGCUGCUGGUGGUGGGCCACGUCAAGUGGCGCGAGCAGAAGGACCUCAAGUACAUCGUCAAACACAGGGGGGCGCACCUAUACACGCACCCGGGGAAGAAGCGUGGAGGGCUGUGGUGGAUGUACCUGCUGAGCCUGGUCCUGAGGGCUGGUUUUGAUGCGGGCUUCCUCUGCAUCCUCCGGUCCCUCUACAGCGGCUACGACAUGCCCAAGGUCAUCAGGUGUGAUCUGACCCCCUGCCAGGGCCACGUCGAGUGCUACGUGACGCGUCCCACCGAGAAGAAAAUCUUCACACUGAUCAUGGUGGUGUCGGCCUGCAUCGGCAUCGUCAUUUGCAUCUGCGAGAUGGUCUACCUGAUCCACAAGAGGAUCCGAAAAAUCAUAUUCAUUCACAAGAGGCACCGCCAGGACUUUUUCGCUGAGAGCCAUGAGCUCGGUGAGAUUGCGCCACCCAGAACCUCUCGGUACAGGCAGGUCGACCCGACUUUCUCCAGGCCCCCUUAUCGAGGCCCAUCCAGAGCUCCGUCCAGAACUUCUGUCCAAAACCCCCACAACCCAACAACCUCCAGUGCCUCUAAAGCCAGGCAGACAUAUCUAUAGGCCAUCACACACACACACACACACAUACACACACACACACACACACUUCAGAGGGGUUGCAAGGCUCUCAUCUUUGGGUGGAUGUUUGACUUGUUUGGGAAAGGGUAUAUAUAUAUAAAAAAGGACAUUGUGUUAUAUGUUACAAUUGUGAUGUUAAAGAAAGAAUGGAAAUGGCGAGUUUGAAUCUUUUUUUAACCCUUAGAUGCAUAGGCUACCAAUACCUACACUCUUCCAUGAGUGGGGUCAAAAAUGACCCCAAUUAGAAUGCAUGCGUUUUUUGCUGUAAUCUCAAAUAAUGUCUCUCAUUUUGGUUAAAGAUGAUGAUUUUUAUUAUAUAUUUGUCUAAAAUGUUUUUAUUUCAUGUUGGACAUAUUGAUGCAUCACUUUUUAUUAACAUUUUAUUACAAAGCAGCUUUUAGAUAGACAAAAAAGGUAAACAUCCUAAAAUAAUCUCAACAUAGGUGAAUAGGGUAAUUUUUUUAACUUAGAGAUAUCUUCAUGAAACUUUACCAGUUGAAUACUCACAUAAAUAGGAGAAAAAAACGUAUUGCAAGUUUUCUGUAUUUAUGUCUAAAUAUGCUAAUUAGGUCGUGUCUAAUUAAAUAUGCGCUAAUUUGCAUAUAUGUUUUGAUGCAAAGAAUCUGACCAUUGGAAAAAGCCAGGUUGAAAAUAUUUUUUUUGUAGUGUUAAUAUAUCAAAUAAAAAAACAUUUACAGAGGUGAUUAUGAAUAUCUUCUUUUGUUAUCCAGUAAAUCAGAAGGUACUGCCAAUUGGCUUAAAAAAAAUGGAUUUUUGCCCUAUUUUUAGGCAUAAAAAGUCAUACAAAUCAGGCCAAGAACGCUAUAUCAACAAAUCCCUCUGUAAAUAUCGCUUGGUGAAUUCUGCUUCACAAUUAUAGGAAGAGAGGACAUCGAAGGAUCAAAAAGCGACGUCCCUAUGAACG